GUGUAUUGCAGCUUUAAACAGUCCACAAUGCCUUGCGGUGUCCCAGUUCCAAUGCGAGGUAUUUACCAGCAGGAGUAAAGAAGCGGGUGCGGGGUGAUUUUCCGCAGCUCUUUGGCGACGCCGCAAGAAGCGCGACGCGCAGCGAGGUCCGACCCAAAGUUUCGUCUCCGUCUCUUUUAUCCCGUGGUUCUGUCCAACGAGACCAGACGAGACUUUGUCGUGAUUUACCGGGCCAGUGGUGAAGAAGGACACGUUUUCACGGAAUUCUCGCCUCUCCACCGGUGUUUUCUGACUAAACUUCAACGCCCCCCCCCCCCCUCGGGACAGGGAACCCUGCGGGGAAUCUGAUUUAAAGCUUUAAAAGUGAAGGAGCCAGAGGGGCUUUUCUGGAGCCUUCGUGAUGUCGGGGCAAACGCACAACAACCGGCCCCGUCGCUUCUGACCCAACAUGGAGCUCAAGGUCUGGGUGGACGGCGUCCAGAGGGUCGUGUGUGGGGUCACCGAGGCAACCACCUGCCAAGAAGUGGUGAUUGCGCUGGCACAGGCAAUAGGUCGCACUGGGCGUUACACUCUGGUAGAAAAAUGGCGGGACUCUGAGCGUCACUUGGCCCCCCACGAGAGCCCUGUGGCUUCCCUGAACACAUGGGGCCAGUAUGCCGGGGAUGUGCAGCUGAUCCUGCGUCGAACAGGUCCCUCCUUGACUGAACGACCUCCCUCAGAAGGACCCCCCCUCAGGGGGCCUGAACGUGGGCCGCACCGGCAGAGCCUACCGCCCCUCGCAAAGCUCCGACACCCCAACGAUCGCUCCCUCCGCCGCCGAGAGCCGCGCCGCAAGUCUUUGACGUUCACCGGUGCGCCCAGAGGCCUCAGGGAGAUACUGAGCGGGGGCCGAGGCGGCGAAGCCGAGGCCAAACAAAAGCUCCCCCCGGGAAAUGGCGGGACUCACCACCAUGCGAGAGCAGCCAUCGGGACGGCGUCGCCCGGCCUGUGGGCCUGUCGCAUGGAAGAUCUGGUCCGACUCGUCGGUCUGCAAAGAGAGACUCUCAAUGUGCUGGAGAGGAAGCUGGAGGCCUAUGAGGCCGAGCUCCAGGCCUGGGCUGAGGGGCAAGGGGAGCGAGGUAGAGGAUGCCACGGUGACCGGGGCGGGCUGAUGGAGGAGAUCCUCAGGUUGGAAAAGCAUUUGAGGAAGAACGACGUCGAGAUGGAGGAAGAGGAGUUUUGGGCCACUGAGCUGCAGAUUGAGCUGGAGAGCGAGAGGCAGCUGGAGGAAAGACUGCAUGAGCUAGUAGGACGCCUGCAGGGCUGUGAGGUGGAGAUGGAGGAAAAGCUUUCAAUGGUACAGAGUGUCGAGGCCGGCCUGGAAGAAGAGCGGCUGCAGAGGCAGCGGCAGGAGACCCAGUGGGUGAGCGAGGCCGAGGCUCGGUCUCAGGUGCUCCGGGCCAGAACAGAACUGAAAGCCCAGGAGAGACAGGCUGUCCAGCUGGAGAGUAGCUGCAGAGCAGUGGACCGGUCACUUGGACAAAGCACCAAGAAUCUGCAGGAUAUGCAGCAGGAGCUUGAACAGCUGACCAAGGAGCUGAGGCAGGUUAACCUGCAGCAGUUCAUUAAGCAGACCGGCACCAAGGUCACAGUGCUGCCGGCUGAACCCAGUGAGGAUGAAAGUACUCCCAGCAGUCAUGUUAUAGUUCCCCUUUCUGGCUCCCUGAAGCGUCCGGUGUCGUCUCACGCCAUGUCCAGUCACCUCCGGAUCCUCCACAGCCCCCUCACCUCCGGCCUCAAUCCAGAGGGCAUCUAUGUGUGAGAGGGCUCUGCCACGAGGCAACGCGCCGUGGCUCCUUUCCAGAACACGCUUGUGGGUGGAAGAUCGCUCAGUGACGCGCUACCACGUGUUCUCAGUUACCUGAAGGCAACCUUCAGUGUGAGGCCUGACAAACGAAAGGUACCAUGUGGAUCGUGAAAAGGAGUUCCUGGAGCACUUGGUGUGAAUGGAACAGCGGGAAAACGUACAGCAGCAGUCCCCCCCCACGUAUCAGGAUUUUGUAAACAUCCGGCCGCUGUGGACUUCCUUUAUAAACGUAAUGUACUUUAAUAACUGAUGGAUGAUUUCUAUUGAUUUCUCACUCGCAUUAUGAUUCAAAACUAUCUCCUUUUGAAUAGUAUUCUCGAGAAUCUUUAUAUGUGAAUUUAUUAAAACUAUCUUUAAAAUCUAUAGUCGAUAUGUUUUACACAGCAUAGCAUCUUGUUCUUAUGAAGCAAUGAAGAAUCCACUUGUGUCGACUACAGUAAAACGUGUCUACAAUGUGUUUUGCACACCGGAAUUUGAUGCUGUUGCUCUCCGUUCACUUUUGUUCACUAUGCACAAAAGGUCAAUCGUUUUGUUACUGACAAAGUGUGUGUGUGUGUGUGUGUGUGUGUGUGUACUAAAAUGAUUGCUGACCAUAUAUGUUUUCUUAGUUUCCAGCUUUUGUUUAGGGAAUUAUUAGAUUUUAUUACAAAGCAGUGCAUUCACAAUUACAAAAAUGCAGUGGCCUGAUCCUUGCUAAUAUACCUUUUGUAAUGAAACAGUGUGAAUUACCCUCUUAAGCGGAUUUUUGUUGUUAAGAUUACUAAACACUAUAUUUUUGCCAAAUGUGUUAAGCUUGUUUUUUUCUGUAAGGCUGGAUGGCCAAAGGUUAGCAGGUCUUGUUGCAUGAUUGUGUUGUUAAUUGAGCCAUAUCUGGAAGUGCAAACCCACAGUACAGUGAAUCAGAUGGGUGAAUCUGGUGGCAUGUAAUGAAGUGUGUGUGUGUGUGUGUAAAGUCUAAAUUGCCACGGUAUGAAUUCUCUCUUAGGUCUUAGUUCAGCUGCUAAUCACUUCAAAGUGCCUUUGUAUUUCUUUCCGAGUUGGUGAAUUUGAAUAAUGUGCAGCAACGCUUUAGUAGACACAUUGAAGCAAUGAUCAUAGUCGGUUUAGCUGUUGCUCGGUGUGUUCGUGCCACAUUGAUCAGAGAAAUGACUCGGCAUCAAAGAGGAAAGUAUCUUCGGUUUCAUCUGUCUGUAUUUUGUAGAAAUAUGAAUGUAACCAAUAUUAUUGAAAGUGCUUUCCACUCUGCUACUGUGUUAUUCUCACCAUAAUACUAUAUGCUGUAAAAUCUAUUCACAGUUAAUCUGAUUGAUUUAAUCCGCAACACAUAUUGUAUGCUUUUUAUAUCAGUACUUUCACACAAGAAUAACGUUUCUGGUGUGAUACUGAAGAAGAGACCACACCCCAAAAUAAAAUACAUUAUCACUACGGUUUGCAGCUUUGCUUUUUGGUUCAAUGAGGUCUAAUCUAUCAUAGUCUAUAUAAGUAAGAAGAUUUUUCCCUUUAAGAAACCACUUGUGUGCUUUAUUUUCCACCAGGGGAUGAUGCGUAGCUGUGGUCACUGUUUACAACCCGUGUGUGUUCUAGAGAACUCUAAAGAUGUCGAUUGUACAAAGCCUGUUUUUAUUUGUCCAUGCCUUAAUAUACUGCAAUGUGUUGACCGAUGUAUGGCUGUAACUGGCUGCUGAUAUGAAUGAUUUAAAUUGCAUGAUUCAAUAAACCAUCUGACCAAAUGAAAUGUG